GGUGACGGCGGCGGCGGCUUCCGCUGCGGCGGCGGAUCUGGCGGAUGUGCUGGGGUCGCUGAGGCGGGGCUUUGCGCAGGCCAUGGCCCAGGGCGCCGCCUGCCCCAACGCGCUGGAUAACCUGGAUGCGCCGCCCGCCGAGAGGAUGGGCCCCUACGGCAGUUCCCCCUCCAGCGACCCGGCCGACCCACGGGUCGCUCUGGUGCUCCGGCUGCUGCUGCAGACCUCCUCCCCCGCCCUGCCCGCCCCCUCCCUGGCGCACCUGCUGCUGGGGUACGACAUGGAGAUGGGGCUGGGCGGGCGGCUGGAGGAGAGCCUGCUGCUGCCACACCAGGAGUACAGCUGCCUCACCAUUGUGGAGCGCAUGCUGACGCAGCACCAGAUGAGACUGGCUGUAUCCAAGCCCAAGCUGUACAGCCAGUGCCUGUACCUGCUGCACCGGGUGGCCUCCGCGCCGGUGGGGGGGCUGCCGCUGCUGGAGUACCUCAGCCCGAAAAACAACCCGCUCAUUCCCAAC